AUGGGCGAUGGCUACUCGGCGAACACGACGCAGUGGUGCAAGGGAGACAAGAUCGCCAGCUUUGCCCCGCUGGUCUCAGACGAUGUCGGCGAUACGCCCGCGGCUGCCAAGGCACUGGUCAACACGUCUUCUGCAGCAGGCGCGUCGUUUGUGGGGAUCAUCAGUGGCGCGUCUGACGUCGACACGUUCAGCUUUGGCAGCGGUGUGGGCACUGCCAAUGUGAUGCUGACCCUGGCCAGCACGGCGGCUGACAACCGGUCUCCCAAUGGAAUUUGGGAACGCAGUGACCUUCAGGCUGAGGUCACAUUGCUAAACUCUGCGGGCGGCGUGGUCCAGACCUGGAGCAAUGCAAACGGCCUCCUCAAGGGGCAGUUGUCCCCAAGCGCAACCAUCUCAAACGACGGCACCUACUACCUGUCUAUCAGGGGCGCCGGCCGGGGUGCGGACGCCACCACGGGCUUCACAGCCUACGGGUCCACAGGGCAGUACAGGGUCACCGUCACAGCACCGGCUAGCAACAGCAGCGGCGGCGGCGGCGGCAGCAGUGAUGGCGGUGGCGGUGGUGGUGGCGGCGGCAACAGCGGCGGCGGCGGCGGCGGCGGCGGCGGAGGCGGCGGCGGCGGAGGCGGCAACAGCGGCGUCCCGGGAAAUGACGUCACCGUCACACCUGCCCUGCCCGCCAAUGGGAGAUAUGUGCCGGCCGGGGUGCGCAAGGUCAUUGCGACCGCCAAGUACGGCCUGGUCAGCGUCAGGACCAUCUGCCUCGUCAACGUCACAGACCGCCAGGCGCCAAACGUGACCCAGGUGCCGGUCUCGGGCGCCGUCUGUGUCUACCCGAGCGGCCGGUCCCCCUCGGCUUGCUUCCUCAUCCGGGACCUGGCCAAGGUCACGGACAACUGCAAGCCGGUGCCCUCGGUGCAGUUGAGGAGCUGCACGGUCACCGCCAACGGCGCCAGCACGGACUGCUUCCAGGACAGCCUCAACCGCGUGUGCGUCAAGUACAACAACGGGUCGUCCAACCCCCUCACGGCAACUGCGCUCUUCACUGCCACUGAUGGGGCUGGCAAUGUUGCGCCGGCAGCGGCGGUGAGGAUCAUCGCGUUUGGCACCAAACCUGCCCCCGUGCCUGCCGGAUGCCGGGCCAAGUAG